CCAGCUUGGUAAAUCCCUCGUCAUUGAAAAAACAGCGAAUGUGGGUCUUGUAACCUUUUGAUUGAGGUUUAUAUAACAGGGCUGUGGUUUUGAGGCUUUGUGAGUCCACCGUUUAGUGCAGGGAACUGGCUCCAGAACAUUUCAGGAUGAGUAGCAAGAUAAUCUUUUAUGAGGACAGAAACUUCCAGGGUCGCUCCUAUGAGUGCGACACGGAUUGCCCAGACAUGCACCCACAUUUCAGCCGCUGCAACUCCAUAAAGGUGGAGAGCGGCUGCUGGGUGCUGUACGAAAAGCCCAACUUCACCGGGUACCAGUAUGUCCUGACCCGAGGGGAGUACCCGGACUACCAGCGCUGGAUGGGCUACAACGAUACUAUCCGCUCCUGCCGCACCUUCUCCUACACGAGCGAGGGGCCCUAUCGUAUCUGCAUCUACGAGAGGCCAAACUUCCAGGGUCAGAUGAUGGAGUUCAGCGACGACUGUGAGUCCGUUCAGGAGCAUUUCCGGAGCCGUGAGAUUUACUCCUGCAACGUGACGGACGGGUACUGGACCCUGUAUGAGCACCCCAACUACAGGGGCCGGCAGUACUUCAUGAGGCCAGGGGAGUACCGCAAGUUCAGUGACUGGGGGGCCACCUGCGCUGCCACCGGUUCCUUUCGCAGGAUUACAGAAUUUUAAACUGAAGUGACACUUGUAUUAAUGAGGCAAACUGAGGCUUACUGUAAAUGAACAUUUUGUGGUGGACUAGAAACUAAAAAUAAAAAUACAUUUGACAAUUGGAGACAUUUAUUGAGCAAAUAAACAUAUAAACGAUU